AUGGCCGAAUACAAAUAUGACGAGGAGGGAGGCCAAUUCCUCACCUUCGUGCUCACCUUUUUACUCCUCGUUCUCGUGCCACUCACCUACUCUCUGCUUGCACCCUCGCGGAUCGGUUCGUUCAAGAAGGGUUCGUGGAAUGCUCGCGGUCAAAAAAUUCCACUCAUUCUUUCUUCCAAGAAGCGAUCGCUGCUCAACCCGCAAAUCAGCUCCAAGGCAGUCUUUGUUCUUGCCGGAUGGGGUAUUGUUGCUUACCUCUUCCAGACGAUCCUCAACACUGCGGCCAACUCAUCUCAUGCCGUAUACGACCCUUUCCAGAUCCUGGGAAUCGCAGCGUCUGCGACCGAAAAGGAGAUCAAGAAGCACUACAAGCGUCUUUCGGUCAAGUUUCACCCAGACAAGCUCGUGAUCGGUGAAAAUCAGACAAAGGAGGAGGUCGAGGGACACUAUAUCGAAUUGACAAAGGCAUACAAGGCUUUGACCGACGAAACCGUGCGCAAAAACUUUGAGCUGUACGGUCAUCCGGAUGGAAAGCAGGAAAUGUCGAUGGGCAUCGCACUGCCUCGCUGGGUGAUCGAAAGCCAAAACAAUAUCUACGUGCUCGGCAUGUACGCCGUCAUUCUCGGCGUCGGUCUUCCUUUUCUCGUCGCACGAUGGUGGUACGGUUCGCGAUCCAAGACCAAAGACGGAAUCGUCAACUCGACCGCGCAAACCUACUUCCAGCACUUGCGCGACGACACGAACCCUUCCCGCAUCUUCGCUCUGCUCUCCAUCUCGGACGAAUUCAGCGAUCCCAAACUCGACAAGGCCGGUCCCAAGCAUCGUGACGACGCGGAUCUGACCAAACUCGAGAUCGAGAUUCGCAAAAGGCUGGCAGAGUUCGGACCGGAAUGGACGCUGAUCGAUUCGUUCAAGAAUGCAUCGAUCCGCAAGGCACUUGUGCUGCUAUAUGCUCAUACUCUGCGUAUCGAGAGUGGCAACAAACGUAUCGAGCAGGAAAAGCUUCGAUACGCAGCCAAAGCGGUUCAACUGAUCAACGGUCUCAUGGCAAUCAGCUUGGCGCACAACUGGCUCGAGACAACGCUGCUGCUCAUGCAAUUUACGCAGUGCAUGGUCCAAGCUGUGCCUCUGCAAGACUUGAACAUGGCCGAAUUGCUUCAACUGCCGCACAUGACGCCAGAAUUGGUCAAGAAGCUGCAGCAGUCCAACAGUCUCGCCAAGCUGGGCGUUCAAGGGUUCUGGAAGAUUCCCGAUGUUGAACGUAAGGCUCUUCUCACGCGUGCUGGCGUGUCGGCUCAGCAGUACGAUCAAAUGGUGGGCGUGACCAGUACUUGGCCUCGAGUGGAGCUGGUCGAUGCGUAUUUCAAGGUUUCUGGCGAGCGACUGGUGACGACAGGAGCGAUUGUCCAGUUUGUAGUCAAACUUCGCUUGCUGCCGCCCAAGAAGGAUGGCAGUCUGUUGAGAGACGGUAGGAGGCUGGAUGCUAAGCGUAUGGAUGAAGAGAGCAGUGUUCGACCCGACGAAGAUGAGGCUUUGAUGGACAGCAGCAAAAAGGCCAAGACGGAUGCUAGUGGAGAAACGCAAGAUGGCAAGCAGCCGAUCGGGUUUGCACGAGCGCCGUACUUUUGGGACGAACGCAAGCCGUCGUGGUGGGUCAUGAUUGGCGAUCAGAAACUCGACCGAGUGAUUGUUCAGCCUACCAAGGUGUCCGACAUUGGCGCCGACAAGGUGAGGAUAUAUUCGGUGCAGUUCCAAGCACCACCUCAGGCAGGCCUGUACACGUUCCAGGCGAUCGUCAAGAGCGACUCGUUCCUGGGCUCGGAUGCGUCGCGCAUGGUAAAGCUCAAGGUGGACGACGCGAGCGUACUGGAGGCGGACGAGGAGGACGAAAUCAGCGAGCCGGAAGAGGACAGCUUGGCUGGACAGAUGGCGCUCAUGAAGGGCCAAAAGGUCAAGCCCUCUAGGGUGGCCGACGACAAGGAGAGCGAUGAUGAGAGCGCCACCGACGAGCAAGAGGACCACACUGACAGUUCCGAUAGCGAUAGCGACUCGGAUUAA